AUGAGUGGCUUAUUGUGCAUGAAUGUUGAUGGUGCUUAUGUUUCUUCACUACAAUAUGGAGGCAUUGGCGGUAUUCUGCGUAAUGAGAAGGGUGAGUUCAUUGCAGGCUUUGCUUAUAGAGUGCCUAAUGUGUCCUCUGCCUUCCAUGCUGAGCUGCUUGCUAUUAAAUCUGGGUUGGAACUUAUUCAGGCACUUGGUGUGUCUAAUGUUGCUCUAAUGAGCAGCUUAGAGGCUGUGAAGGCUGUGACAGCAGAGGAUCAUGACUUCUCUACUUUGGGAAUCAUUGUUGAAGAAAUUAAAGAUUUGCUAGGUGAUUUGCUUUUUAUAGGUGUUCAUCAUACUUAUAGGACCGCUAAUCAUGUUGCUCAUAGACUAGCAGGAUUUAAUUUUGAUUCUGAUUCUGACAUUCAUAUGGAAUGGUUUCCUCAAGCUCCAGAGUGUGUUCUGGAUGCCCUAUAG